AGCCAAUUGCUGCGAAGGCGAAGCCCCUCGUCCCAUAGUAGCUUUAUUUUUAGAAACCAUCAAAACGCUCCCGACAACCGAGAGGGGCGACCUAUCGGGCGUAAAGCUAAUAAAAACAUUUGGCUCUCCACAAUCGUGAGGGAAGCUGGUUGCAUGCAAUUUUCUUUCUUGUCUUUUCUUUCUUUCUCCCCCCCCCCACGUCGUGACCGUAGCGAUGCAAAUGUCACACGGAUCAUCGGUGACUAUCUUUAUUAUUGCGUUGGGGUGAGAAUUCGCUCAGAUUGUUGCCGUGGAAGCGAGCCGGAUACCCGUCUCAGCACCCGGACAGCUCCUCGUUCUUGUUGCCUCCUCCUCUUCCUCCUCCGCCUCCUCCUCCUCCUCCUCAUCAUCCUGAGCGGGACCCCCGCUGAGCUCGCCGGGGAAGCCCUCCGCCGAGGCUCGGCGUCAUCUCAUGGCUCCGGUGGUGGAACCAAACCGGGUUGCAGCUACUACUACGAUGCCGGGCCACGAUGCGUGUCGCGUUUGAGGUUCACCCGAGGGAGCUUUCACUCUUCGGCCAUGAGAGUCCCACUCAGGUUCAACACGAAAACAGCCUGCACGCAGUGAAAAGGUGCAUUACAGCACGAGAACAGAAAGACUAACGGGUGGAAAAGUGACAAAUAAGAAGCACAACUCUCUCCUCUCUCACCAGACGACAUGGCUAAUGCCGGGGACGUGGAGACUGCAGCUCUGUCAGACUUGGAGGUCAUCUCCCAGCAGGUGGACGAUGAGAACCAAUGCUUGGCACCUCCGGUCCAGCUGGUGAGUUUCGGCUACCGAGACCUUCCCCUCGCAGCAUUGGACCUCUCGCUGGCUGGCUCGCAGCUCCUUUCCAACACUGACGAAGAUGAAACCAGGGAAGGGUCCAACUGGCUGAAGCCUUGCUGUGGCCGUCGAGUGGCCCUGUGGCAAGUCUGUCUCCUCAGUGCCGGCUUCAACUGCGUCCUGGUGGCCUGCGUCAUCCUGGUGGUGCUCUUCCUCUCCUUAGAGCUGCUCAUCGACACCAAGCUCCUUCAAUUUACCAAUGCUUUCCAGUUUGCCAGCAUCAUCCACUGGAUCAGUCUCAUCAUCCUCUCACUUUUCUUUUCAGAGACUGUCUUCAGAAUUGUAGUCCUCGGGAUCUGGGAUUACAUAGAAAACAAAGUAGAGGUGUUUGACGGCGCCGUCAUCGUGUUGUCCCUGGCCCCCAUGGUGGCCUCGACGGUGGCCAACGGGCCCAGCAGCCCCUGGGACGCCAUCAGCCUCAUCAUUACCCUGCGCAUCUGGAGGGUGAAGAGGAUCAUCGAUGCUUACGUGCUCCAAGUCAAAGUUGAGAUGGAGCUGGAGAUCCAACAGUGUGAGAAGACCAAGGCAGUGCGAGAGGAGCAGCUGGAGCGUCUCACUCAGAUCUGCCAGGAACAGGCGUUUGAGAUCAGGCAGCUGCGGGCCCACCUGGCCCAGCAGGACCUGGACCUGGCGGCGGAGCGCGAGGCGGCAAUGCAGAUCCACCGCGUGUGGGCGAAGCAGGGCAGGAGUUUCCAGGUAGUGGAGGGCUCGACUCCUGGAGAGUCUGACGACGAGGGCGCUCACAGGAACCCCAGCGAGCUGCACAACACUGCAGAUCCAGUUGUACGUGAUGACAUGAACAACUAUAUCAGCCAGUACUACAGUGAAGCAAGCGGUGAUGGCAGGACUUGUGGCUUAGGGACCCACGUCGUCACCACAGCCGCCAUCGACAUCCACCUCCCGACCAAUCACAUCCAGUCCAACACCACUCGUGACCUCAACCUGAACUACAGCUCCCACCGCUGCUGUCACUCUUCCUUCUCAGGCCAGGACCAGAGCACGGUGGUCCAGGAGCUCCUCUCGUCUCUUUCUGAGGACUCCUGCCUCGCUCAGAAGGGCCUGACGGUGGACCCGGUCAACCUUAAGCUCCCCAGUCCCACUGGUUCUGAGAAGGCUAGCCCAGAGCUGGACAACAGAAUAAAGGUGUUCAACCACAGGAACCACCAGGAGAGGCGGGCGCUAGGGGGGCGAGGUUGCGUCCUGCUGCAAACCAAGCCGCUCAUCCACCUGCAGGGGGGCGCCACCGAGCCCUCACUGGAGGAGAAGUAUCGUCUCUUGGGUCCGGCCGACACACCUCUGGGCCACAUGUCGGACACAUAACACAUUUCCAUCUGCACAAUAUGGAAACUUGAACCUCGUGAGAGCAACACUAAACCCCGCUGCACACUGAGCGAUGUGUCCAAACCCGGCUGAACUGUUGUGCCGUGUUUUUCGUUUUCAUGAAUGACCAACAGUUGAAUACAAAAACAAACAUUUUGCUGAGAUUUGAAAUUUAAAUUGCAGGUGACUGGCGUCGCACCGUUCCAGAACCCUGUCACAUCCAUUCAAAAAUGCCAUGUUGUCUCACAUGAGCUUUCGUAAUAAAAAUUACAUUUGCAUGUUUUAAGUGAGAUCGCUGCCGUACCAAUACAGUGUAUACUGUGUAUAUAUAUUUUUUUACAAUAAGAUUCAUAAUUUCAUUUAUUUUUUUUGUCCUGUUCGGCUGUUAGGUCAAGCAGAAUGGAAAAUCUGUAUCCCUUUUAUGCCGGAACAAUUUUACUGUGUCACAGUGGAGUGUUUAAGCUUCCGCUGUGGUAUUAUAAUUGAGGUUUAUUGAGAAUCAGACUUGAUCAGUCGAACAGAACAAAGUUUCUAGAAGGGAGAGAGAAACAAAGACAAAAGACAAAGCACUAAUUGUAAACAGGAUGAGAGACGUAAAUCAUUACAUUAUCUACAACAAUGAAACAUUAAAUAUGAGUGUUGCAUGGGGCUGUAGUGCUACGCCCUGUGCGGGAAGGACAGGACAAGAUAGAACAGGACAAGGACAGGAGAAGAAGCAUGCAGGACAAGGGUCGUGAACCCGGCUGUACAACUGAAGUGUGGUGGCAUUAAUUAUGUAAAUUAUAUAAGUCUACAGGAUGAGAGUAUAAGUGAGGGGAUACGCAAGCGAUUUGCAUAUUCAUGAGUUAUUUGUCGCAGUAAGUGCUUGACCGCACACCCAAUGAACGAGUGCUAGGGGUGUGUGCCUCCGGAUACAUGCAAGUGAAUCGACACCGUUUUACAUGCACAAAGACUGACAGAAGUGUCCUGUAAUUGCUGUGGCCGCACCGCGGAGGCUGAGGACCCCACCCAAUCAAUCGAGGGGCGGGAUCAGGCCCAGGGGUCCACCCGAGAGCAGCCUGGCGGACUUGUCCCACACCGAGGGACCCAGGGAGGUCCGCCGGCCCCACCGUGACGCCCCGACAACUGGCCAACCAGUGGGGGCCGCAGGGACCCAAUUCCACCACCCACCGCCCCACACGUAAUUAAUUGAAUUUCAUUUCAUAUGUAGCCUUGCUUUGACUAAAAGGCAAAGCAAGGAUAGUCUCUGUUGCUGAAAUAGAUGAGUGCAGUCAAUGCAACGUUUUCACUGCCCGCUCGCCAUCUCGCCAAUGGCGAAUUGAAACAGGAUGUGGCGAUGUCACUAUUUCCCAUGUUAGCCACGCUAAUUGAAUCAAACUCGCUCUUGUCAAAAGCCCUGCGUGAUAAAAGUCAGUGAGUGCGCUCAUUCUGGAGUGUGUGAACCGUAUUAGUGGUUUAGUCCCCCCCCUUUUUGUAAAAUGCUGCAAUCCACCGUCCAUCCGCUGCUGGCUCAGCAGACAGGCUCACUGGCUUUCCCAGAUGCGGGGGAGCGGCGCUUCAGGGAAGAGAAGACCCCCAUACUGCUUGCCGCCAAAUUUAAGCACAUUACCGCGACGUACGUUUGAAGUGUCGAUGGUCAAUGUGUCCUGCAAUACACAUUAGUUCUCGCAGCGAGCUAGCUUUCUUUUUUAUCAAUGCACGAGGCGCUAAGCGUCAUCGUCACUGGCUCGGCCCAGGGCCGCAGCUAGUCAUUUGGGGGCCCAAGGCAAGCACAGUCACGGAGCCCCCCCACAUUCACAUUAACUGAAGUAUUGUACUUUAGAUCAAUUUUGACAAAAGGUGAGUUAUUCAAUUUAGACCACAUUGUCCUGCUUUUGAAAUCGGUUACAAAUAUCUGACAGCUUAAGUUAGCCUAAUAUUUACCACCAAAGAUUUUGAAUCAGAAUUUUUAUCUUCAACUAAAAAAUUUGAAUUUUAACAAAGUCUCAUUUCAUGAGCGACAGUCAUUAAGAUGCUUGAGGAUCAUUACAAAAAAAACACGUGAAUUAUAUCAACACUUUAACUGUAACUGCUCAGAACUUUAAUCAAAAUUUAAAAGUUAAAUAUUUCAACCGCUUUUGUACUUGCAUCUUGCCGAUGAAAAGUGUCACUCCACUUUAUCUCUAUACUCGGCUGACACUGUCAGCAGUGCUACUGCUACUGGCAAGAACAUCAUUAUAUGACAUGUUUACAAGGCAUGAAGUUAAAUCAAUCAGUCAGUCUUUUGCUGUGAUGGAAGGUUUUUAAAAGAUUUGUUGUUCAUAUGAAUUCAUCACAACAUUCAGGCCUGGCCUACAGGAAAACGUGAUUAUUAUUAUUUUUUUAAUUUCUUUAUUUUUUUGGUCUGUAGUGGCUGUAGCCAAUGUUGUGUUGGUCAUACUAUAGAAUGAGUUCUAGUUUUUAGUUAAAAAAUAAAAUAAAAUGCUGAAGAUAUCAAACUUUCCCCAAAAAUUCACAUGCUAAAUCGCAAUUGCAAUAUUUGUAAAAGAAACAAAAAAUUGCAAUUAGAGUAUUUUCCCAAAUCGUCCCGGCAUAGUCCUGUUUGAUGAUUACGUAGUUUUAAUUGGGCUCACAUCAUUAAAAGCUUAUUGACUUCCCAAUGAUGAGGACUGGCUAAGAUGUGUCAAAGGUUUAGCCAUUUAAAGACGUGAUGUUGUGGCCGGCGACAUACAGUACAAGUGUGGCGGAGAGAUUUUUAUCCUGUUUAGCCACAUUGGCUAAGAAUUUCUCCUUGGCUAAGAACUCUCUCCUUUAGUUCUCGCCCAUUUUCUCUCUCUGCGUUAUCAUAAUUUGUAUCGCUACAGUGGUCAGGGCAAUCCGCUUCUUCCUUGACAAUCUUACCUUGUUGUUUGUGGUUCAAUAAAAAAAAAAAAAAAUAAUAAUAAUAAUAAUACCUAUGCGGCGGCUUAGAACAUUGCUUUCCGAGAAGAACGCAUGCAAAGUUAUGUAAGCGCGGGUCAAUGGCCUGGUGUUCGGGUGCGAGUCGUGGGUUUUGUUUUUUUCGCGGUUGUCCAGUUCAGACGCAUUCGGCCGCGUCGCUCAGUAUGUGGCGGACCUAAUCAUCCACAAGUUGAUCCGUCUUCGGAGAGGACCUAUCAGAAUCUUUUCCCAGAUCUCCAACAUUCCCUGGUUCUUCAUGAUGGAUGUGAGGAGGAGGAGUGAUGCCCGCGUAUAGCACAACAAAUACAACAAACCCCAUCGAGGUGGACUUCAGGGAUGGGCAUAAGAUUAGGUUUUGAUAAAAUUGAGGAAAAAUGGAGUGCGCUACUUGACUGGUUCAUUCUCAAUUAGUUUGCUGUUGAAAGGAUAACAACAACUCACACCAGGCGAUUCGAACUGUGCCUGACUUCAGGGCGAUUCCCCCAAACCCCAAGUGACACCGCUGGCCAGUCACACUUCUCUCAGUUUUGACCCGUUCCACAGUGCCGUCACUUCAUUGUACCACAUUAGAUUAUGGGAAAAACUCCUGAUUGAAUUCAUUAUUUCUACUGGUUCUGUUGUGCAAGCUCGCUGUUAUUCUGAAUAACUGGUGAGAGGAGCAUUGAUGAUAUGACACGUACAUUGCCCAUUUUCCUGUGCCUGAUUUUUUUAAUUACUUGGUGGGUUAUUUUGAGUCAUUGUUUAUUUCUAUUGUGCAAGGUGACAAUUGCUGUUAUUAACUGGAGAGAGGAGCGAUCACAAUCAUAAAACUUAGAUUCCCCAACGUAGACGUGCCGAUACGUGACAGAACGUGCAGUGGACUUAUUUUUUCCCUUUGUGGAUUAUAUCUAGUCAACUACUUUAGUUCUUAUGUACAUGGUAGACGCUAUCAUGAAUAACCUGCGAGAGGAGCGAUUGAGUUAAUCAUGGGCUGUGUACCGCACUAUUGACCUUUUUUUUGACUUUGUGGAUUAUUUCUAGUCAUAUUUAUUUCUAUGAAACAAGAUGGGGAUUAUUAUUAAUAAUUGGUGAGAGGAGCGGUCACAUUAAUUAUGACGAGUACAUUGUGCGCUGUAGACGUUUUGACCGUGUGGAUUAUUUUUAGUCGUGUUUAUUUCUAUUGUGCAAGGUAACAAUUAUCAUGAAAGACCUGCGAGAGUAUAUGACGCGCGCUCGUGCCCUCUGAGUGACCGAACACGUUUUUUUACUCAGUGCAUUAUUUCAAGUCAUUCUGUUGAUUUCUAUUGUGCGCUGUGGCAGUGAUCAUGACUAAUUGGCAAUUGCAUUACAGCAAUCGCAAGACAUGCCUGUCUUGCGGGUAUAGACUUUUUGGACUGGGGAUUAUUUGUAGUUCUGUUUAUUUCUGUUGUGCAUUGUGGUGCUUAUCAUGACUGAAUAAUAAUUAAUAAUACUGGAAUUAGGACUUCAGGGGUCAAGCGGGUACAUGCACGGUUCGAAUAGCCCUGUGUGAGUACAUCCGAAGGUUUAAAUCUACACAGACCUUUUCCCCGGGCAGCAUUAUUCUACUACUACAAGAAUACUUAUAGAUUAGAUAUUAUAUUGAAUUGAUAAUGCAUUUUCCCCAUAGUGGACUUGAAUGUGUUACUGAACACAUCCUUGAUCAGGAAUCGUCACUUUGAACGGCUCUUAAAGGCACUGAACUUUGUACCAAUCCAAACCAGCAAAGGGGCCGUUUAAGCCUUCAACGGACCUCAUUGGUCAUUAUUCCAAACAAACAAAGAUGCUCUUCCUCCAACUUCGAAUUUCCAACGGUUAAAAAGAGAGGCUUUUUUUCAAUAGCAUUUGGUUUGUUUUUUAUUUCGAUGAUCAAUUUUGAUCUACCAUGCGCUUAAUGUCCUAAAGGAGACACAGGGUACAUGACUGGAUUCAUUAACAAAGGACUUUUUUGUAUCAUUUAUGAACCAUGACACGAUUUUUACGUACAGUACACUUUCUUGUUGUUGUUGAAUUAAAAAAGUAAUUGGGCGAAAUGUUUGAUUGGAGUCAACAGUUAGUACGUUUUUAAGUGAGACUAAUUUUUGAUCAAAUGGGAGUGUUUGUAGCAUGAUCCUUGAAAAUGGUGAGCAAAUUCUUUUGCACUUUAACGUUUACAGACACUUUUGUAAACUUGAUAUACUUCGGGAU